GUACCAGCACCUCAACUUCUCUCCCUGGGACACUGUCUAAACUCCAGGGGCCAUAGGCCGGGCUGAGCGAUGGGUGCUGAGGAGGAGGUGCUGGUCACACUAUCAGGGGGAGCCCCCUGGGGCUUCCGACUUCAGGGGGGGGCCGAGCAGAGGAAACCCUUACAGGUGUCCAAGAUCCGAAGACGGAGCCAGGCUGGCAGAGCAGGACUCCGAGAGAGGGACCAGCUCUUGGCAAUCAAUGGGGUCUCUUGCACCAGUCUCUCUCAUGCCAGUGCCAUGAACCUCAUCGAUGCCUCAGUGAAUCAGCUUGUCCUCACUGUGCGGCGGGUAGCAGAUGAGGGGACUGUGCGAUCUCCAUCUCCUGGUGAGCUUCACGUGCUAUCACCAUUAUCUCCACUGAGUCCUGAGCCCCCUGGCGCUCCAGUUCCCCAGUCUCUUCAGCCUGUGAGCCUUCGCUCACCCCCUGACAGUGAGGCUUACUAUGGAGAGACAGACAGUGAUGCUGAAGGCCAUGCCACCCAGGAGAAGCCCCGCCGACCCCGCCGCCGAGGCCCCACAAGACUCAUCCCUCCAGGAGCCCCACCUGAUGAGGUCUACCUGUCUGACAGCCCUGCAGAGCCAGUACCUGCUAUCCCUGGCCCUCCCAGCCAGGGUGACAGCCGUGUGAGCUCCCCAUCUUGGGAAGAUGGGGCAGCCCUUCAGCCACCCCCAGACGAGGCCCUGCUGUUACCCCAUGGCCCCCUCCGGCCUGGCCCUCAUCUCAUCCCUAUGGUGGGGCCUGUUCCCCACCCAGUGGCAGAAGAUCUUACUACCACCUAUGCCCAGAAGGCCAAGCAAGCCAAACUGCAAGGAGCAGAGAGCCUCCAAGAGAAGAGCGUGAAGGAGGCCAAAACCAAAUGUCGGACGAUUGCCUCCCUGCUAACUGCAGCCCCCAAUCCCCAUUCCAAGGGGGUGCUUAUGUUUAAGAAACGGCGGCAGAGGGCCAAGAAGUACACCCUAGUGAGCUUCGGGGCUGCGGCUGGGACAGGCGCUGAGGAGGAAGACGGUGUCCCCCCGACGAGUGAGUCUGAGCUGGACGAAGAGGCCUUCUCCGACGCCCGCAGCCUCACCAAUCAGUCCGACUGGGACAGCCCCUAUCUGGACAUGGAGCUGGCCAGGGUGGGCUCAGGCGCAGGAGAGGGCCAGGGCCCCGGGCUCAGUGAGGUCUCUGGGCGGGGGGUUCAGCUCUUUGAACGGCAGCGCCAGCGCGCAGCCUCCAGCAGCCAGGAGCUGGCUCCGGUUGGCCAGCCAGCCGUGCUCAACGGGCAGGGCCUGCAGUCCCCACCUCGGGCCCAGAGUGCUCCCCCGGAGGCAGCCGUGCUCCCACCCAGCCCUUUGCCGGCCCCUGUAGCCAGCACCAGACCAUUCCUCCCAGGAGGUGGAGGCCCCACCCCAGCUCCAAGCAUUUUUAACCGGUCAGCCAGGCCCUUUACCCCGGGCUUACAAGGGCAGCGGCCCGGAACCACUUCGGUGAUUUUCCGGCCUCUACCCCCCAAGAGGAUGAAUGAAAGCCUGGGAGGCCUCAGUCCCGCCCCACCCCCCUUCUCGACCUCUCCGCAGGGGCCUACCCCGCUGCCCAGCUUCACCUCAGGGGUUCCCAGCCAUGUGCCAGCCUCCGGUCCCCCCAGCACCCCACGUCCCUCCGGGCCUGUGACGGCCACCAGUUCUCUGUAUAUCCCAGCCCCAAGUCGGCCUGUUACCCCAGGCGGAGCCCCAGAGCCCCCCGCUCCCCCUAACGCAGCGGCCAUGACCUCCACCGCAUCUAUCUUCCUUUCGGCUCCUCUGCGACACUCUGCGCGCCCAGAGGGGCCCGCCCCAGGCCCCGCGGCCCCUGAGCCCCCCAGCGCUCGGGAGCAGCGCAUCUCCGUGCCAGCUGCCCGCACGGGCAUCCUGCAGGAGGCCCGGCGCCGGGGCACCCGGAAGCAGAUGUUCCGUCCGGGAAAAGAGGAGCCGAAGAACUCGCCCAACCCCGAGCUGCUCUCGCUAGUGCAGACCCUGGAUGAAAAACCCCGGGCCGGGGGUGCUGAAUCCGGUCCUGAGGAGGACGCUCUGAGUCUCGGGGCUGAAGCCUGCAAUUUCAUGCAGCCACCAGGGGGCAGGAGUUACAAGACCCUGCCUCACGUGACACCUAAAACCCCGCCUCCAGUGGCUCCCAAGACCCCGCCCCCUAUGACUCCUAAGACUCCACCCCCAGUGGCUCCUAAGCCCCCUUCUCGAGGGCUCCUUGAUGGGCUAGUGAAUGGGGUAGCCUCUUCGGUUGGAAUACCCGAGCCACCAAGGCUUCAGGGCAGGGGUGGGGAGCUGUUUGCCAAGCGGCAGAGUCGUGCGGACAGGUAUGUGGUGGAAGCUACACCUGGUACUGGCCUUGGCCCUCAGCCCAGAAGUCCUUCCCCUACUCCUUCACUGCCGCCUUCCUGGAAAUAUUCACCCAACAUCCGUGCCCCACCUCCCAUUGCUUACAACCCGUUACUUUCACCCUUUUUCCCCCAGGCUGCCCGCACUCUCCCUAAUAAGGCCCAAUCAAAGGGGCCUCGGGCAACCCCCACGCAGGGCAUCAAGGCUCUGGAUUUCAUGCGGCAUCAGCCCUACCAACUUAAAAGUGCCAUGUUCUGUUUUGAUGAGGUUCCCCCAACUCCUGGCCCCACUUCCUUAGGGCCCCCCAAAACUGUCCGAGUUCAGGAGAUCCGCCGAUUUUCCACUCCAGGACCCCAGCCUACUGCAGAGCCCCUGGCUACCACUGUCCUUGUCCCUCGAGCAGCCACUACACUGGAUGAGCCCAUCUGGAGGGUAGAGCUGGCCUCAGCCCCUGUUUCUAGCCCAGCCCCUCCUCCAGAAUCUCCCAGGGGCCCUGGGGCCUCCCCCAGCUCCUGUGGUUUCCAGGUAGCCAGGCCCCGAUUCUCAGCCACUAAAACAGGAUUGCAGGCUCACGUGUGGAGGCCUGGGGCAGGGCACCAGUGAGCAGGGCACAGGUCCCAGGACCAAGGAGGGGUGGAACAUCAAGUUCCUAAAGUUGCUUCUCCUAUUCUAUCCUCCCCUCUCUCUCAGGCAUCUAGAGGCUAAAUUCCCUCCUGCCAGAGAUGAUUUUGGAGUUGGAGUCCUAUCCCCCAGCUUCCUUACUCCCCACCUCCCUGCUGUUUUCCAGCCUGCUAUCUCUGCUUUGGUAUUUUUGCUUCUCUUUGCCUCUGUAUUUCUUUGCCUGGAUCUUUGUCUUUAUCUCCAGGACUCUCUGCCCAUACUCCUCCACAGGUCUCUUCUUUACAUUUGCGCUUUUCUCUGUGGGCCUCAUUUUAAUGUGCAGUGAGAAACAGAGUAGAAGUUACCACUGGGGCCUCAGGCAAGAAGCUCACCAGCAGGCACACAGCAAUGGGCCUGAACUAACCUGUUUGCACCAAGCCCCUCCCUACUCUUCACUGCUUUACCAAGCUUGGCUGGCAUAUACGUAAGGGUGUAUGUGUGUGCACAGAUGUGCUCUUCUGUUUGAGGCAAAUGUAAGAGAAGUCUAAAUAAAGACCCAAUCAGGGUCUUAUCCUUGCACUGAUAGAAGGGUCAGAUAUCCCCACAGGGAGUCUAGCAGGGUGAAAGAGAUUCACUAGAGAGUAACUCCUUAGAGACCAGCAUCUGUAGCAAGAGUACAGCAGCUUGUGAAACUAAUGGAGUAUGAGAAGACUGAAGGACUGGAACAGUUUACAUGGGCUGAGUUAUACCAGCUAGGCCAGGAAUAGAACCAAGAAUUCUCCCAUUCCUCAGGAUUUCAGAAUGUUAGCAACUAGAGAGGCCCAUGCUGAGUAAGCCAGUAUCCAGGAAGUGAAAAAAAGAAAAAAAAUUCCUCUGAGAAUGAACAAAUUGUUGGCUUCAUUGCCUCAUGAGCCUAAGACAGAAAGGAGGGAGAAGAGAGCCUGGGUGUGGAGAAUGAGGCAAACACCGGGAGCAGGGCAAUAAUGAGUGGAAGUGACUGUGCCACAGAGAGGAGCAUGGUGAGCAGCAGUGCAGUCCUGGCAGAGAGUAAAGUCAGGUAACAAGAAACCGACUGUGUGCAAGAGGGGGAUUGGGGACAAAUUUGAGGGAGAAGAAUGUAUUUGUUAGCGUGAAGGGGGAUGAUGGGAAGGAAACGUGAGGGUAUGUGUUGAAUGUUGAAAGAACAGCUGGUCUCUGUACAACCUCCUCUGAGUUUGUCCUUCAGUUUGUCUUCUGCAGUUUGUCAUGACUACCUGGUAAAAGGCAAGGAAACAACCCAAAGCCAAAACCUCUUUUCAGUCAUACCCCAUCCCUCAAAACUCUAGCACUGUUCCUUUUCAGCUUCAGGUCCUGAUCUCUGAUCCUAGAAGGGUACUAACUCCUCUCUCACCAAGACAACCACCAGCCACAUUUGCUCUUUGAUCUGGAAAGUGAUAAUUCCCUUUGCAUAUUGGGUGUGAGUCACAGUUCUUUGGUUUGUGCACAAGAAUAAACUUAUGCCCUAUACCUUC